AUGAGCGCACCAGCGGCUGCGCACGGCCGCGCUUCGGGAAAGCCGGUCCUACUCGGCAUCUUUGUCACCGCGGCGAUGACCAAGCGCCGAGCGCUCAUCCGGCGCACAAUUUUCCGCAGCUUCGACUCGCUGCCGCCGGGCGCGGUCGACGCGCGCUUUGUGGUGGGUGCUGGUGCGGGCGUCACGGUGCUGGCGGAGCAGGCGGCGCACGGCGACCUCCUGCUGCUGAAUGGGACUCGGGAGAAUAAGGAGAGCGGCAAGAACCUCGACUACUUCCUGUUGGUGGCGGAGCGGAUGCCACGGCGCUACUCCUGGGUCGUCAAGGCGGACGCGGACUCGUACGUCGUCGUCGCCAACCUGUGGAGAGAGCUCUCGCUGCUCGAGCCGGCCGACGGCUACUUUGGCGCCCACUGGCCCUGGCCGACGCUGCGCCGGCGCGUGGCGCCGCUGCUGCCGAACGGCACCACCCGCGGCACCAAGGCGGUCGUGUCUCCCGCCGCCCUCCUCGCCGCGCGCGCCGCCCUCGCCGCCUUCUCUGGCUUUGUAGACGACGGCGGCGCGGCGGCGCCCGAGUGGGCCUUCUGCGGCCCGCUGUACGCGCUGUCGGGCGACGUGGUGCGGUGGCUCGGCGGUGCGCUCGGGAGGGGCGCGUCGAGCGCCGCCGACAACGCGUACGCCUGCGGCUCGCGCUGCUCGCCCUGCCGCUGGACGCUCGGCCGCUACACCACGCACGCGCGCUGCGCCGACGGCUCGCUCCUUGUCGAGCCGUUCCGCGCGGCCGGCUGCCCGCACUCGGCGCCGCCAUGGGACCGGCAGACCAUCUACGUGCACUCGCUCAAGGGCGACGAGCAGUUCCUGGCCGCGCACGCCUACUUUGCCGCCUCCGCCGCCUCGAUCGCGGCGGCGGCCGCGCGCGACGUCCGAGCGGGGACGGGUCGGUUUGGGUAUUGGGUUAUAGAUAGCUGA